AUGCAUUUCGCCAUGCUCCUCUUCCCCGGCUUUGAAGCCCUCGACGUCUUUGGCUCCCUGGAAGUCCUCAACGUCCUCUCUGAAAGAAAACAGAUCUACCUCUCCCUCCUCGCGUCAAGCCUCACUCCCGUCUCAACUCAAUCCCCAGACCCAGCCGCACAUCGGGUAGGCUCGAUCUGCGCCCAGGAAGUACUUCCAACAGGUACUUUCGCCGACUUUUUGAAAGACGCACCCGCCCUGGAUAGCGUCAAGGGCAAGAUAGACGUGCUCAUUGUGCCCGGCGGCGCGGGAACCCGCUUCCCCCACGCCAUUAAUCCCGUCAUAGAGUUCGUGCGGGGAAUCGCCCCAUCAGUGAAGUACAUCAUGUCCGUGUGUAACGGCGCGGGCGUGUUAGCGCGGGCGGGCGUGCUGGAUGGUCGUCGAGCGACGACUAAUAAGAUGCUUUGGGGGCAGACAACGGCGCUGAGAGGGGAGGUGCGCUGGGUCAGAGAAGCCAGGUGGGUGGCUGAUGGAAAUGCGUGGACUUCUUCUGGGGUGAGUGCGGGGAUCGAUAUGAUGUUGGCUUUUGUGAGGGAGAUAUAUGGGAAGGAUCUGGCUGGUGGGAUAGCUCAAGAGAUUGAGUAUGUUUGGGAUGUGGAGGAUGAUGGGACAAGGGAUCCUUUUGCUAUUGCUGCUCUGUGA